GUCCGUGCCCUCUUGUCCAUUAGUUCAGGGCUAGAGCCGGAUAGGGUGUGACCUGGCUCACUUUUCGAAUCACAGAAGUUCACAUCGUCCCACUGUUGUUAUCGCUGAGCCAUGCAGAGUUUGGUUAAGGGACUACUUUUAUACGAAUUUCAGGAAUAACAUUAUUGUAACAAAAUCCACUCAAAGGAAACUCCACAUUUCGGCGAAUUCGCACUGAGUUUAGAUAGGACCAUCCUUUGUUUUGUGCUUCGGAAGUUCGUUAAGCAAUGCAGGUUUCUAAUUAAUGAGCAUAAUAUAGUCAGUGUGGUUUUGGUAAUUUUAGGAGUGUGGUCCCUACAUCCGGCUGGGAGCCGACGGACAGGGUCACCAGUGUAGUAAGUUUGACCACCACCAUGAUGAGAUUGUAACAUCAUCGUCAACCAAUCACAGCGAAUAUGAUCACGUGUUCUCGGUAAAUUGCCCGUUCUAAUUGGUUACGUCGCGUUGUGUUAGGGCCUCUGGCAUUCGUGAGACUUUAUAAGAAAUGUGAAAAGUGCCAAAAAGCACAGAAAAUGCAACAUUUUACCGUGGGAAAGCUAACACCGUUCUGAAUGUUUCAUUCUCGCCAUAACAAUCAUAAAGAGCGUGGAGUUAAUCGUCUGCUGGUUCCUGACAAUUCAAUUCUUCACAAGUUAUAAAGGAAGAGAUAUUCUUCAUUUCUUACUCGUUUUCACCGAGAAUCUUUAAACCCGGGGGAAUCAAACACGAGAAGGUCUUUUCGUCACUUUCACUCACAGGAAAGACUGUGCCAAGGGGCAUAGUAAAUCAGCACCCAUAGAACAGCCGUUGUGUACAGAAGACAUGGAACAGACGUUGGAUUCAGGCAAGACUCCCAUUGCAGUUGUCGGCAUUGGAUGUCGCAUGCCUGGAGGUGUCAACUCUCCCAAAGAAUUCUGGGAUGUCUUGGUUCGGGGUGACGACAUGAUCAGCGAGGUUCCUCCGGACAGAUGGUCUUUAGAAACAUUCCAUGAUCCUGAUCAAUCCAACCAUAGUAAGAUGGUGACAAGACGAUGUGGCUUCAUCCAUGACAUCGACAAGUUUGACAACACUUUCUUCAAGCUUUCACCCCGAGAGGCAAGCUCCAUGGACCCCCAGCAGCGCCACAUCCUCGAGGUCACCUAUGAGGCGUUUCAAGAUGCAGGAAUCGUCCCAAACACCUUAGGAGAUUCCUGCGGUGUCUACAUCGGUGUUGGCAUGAUGGAUUAUACCAUUAUGCUAAUGGACACGUCACUCAUCAAUCCCUACACUCAUACAGGUGUGGCACAUUCUGCAGUUGCCAACCGAAUCUCAUACGCCUUCGAUCUCCGUGGACCCUCUUACGCAGUUGAUACUGCCUGUGCGUCAUCCAUGACAGCAAUGCACAGUGCCUGCAAUGCUAUCUGGAACGGCGAGUGCACUGUUGCUGUUGCAGGAGGAUGCAAUAAUCUCCUCAUCCCUGAGGGCACCGUUGGUUUCAGCGCUUUGGGCGUCUUAUCCCCUGAGGGAAAGUGCUGUCCAUUCUCUGAUACUGCUAAGGGCUAUGUAAGAAGUGAAGGAUGGGGUGUCUUCAUCCUCAAGCCACUUGACUUGGCACAAGCCGACAACGACCAUAUCUACUCUGUCAUCCGAGGGAGCGCUAUUGCGGCGAAUGGUUUCAGUAAGAGUCUAACGAUGCCCUCAGCACCUGCUCAGGAAAUGGUAAUGAAGAAUGCCUAUAAAAAGUCUGGCGUUCCAAUGUCCUCAGUGCAGUAUGUAGAGGCACAUGGUACCGGAACUCCAGUUGGCGAUCCCAUUGAAGCAAGUGCCAUAGGCUCCACUUUCGGUCACCUGAAAGACGCUGCACUCAAGAUAGGAUCUGUGAAGAGCAACUUUGGACACAACGAGUGUGCUGCCGGGAUCACAGCUGCCAUUAAAGUGGCUCUCAUGUUAGAGAGGAGCAUGCUGGUGCCUACUAUCAACUUCAGCAAUGUCAACUCCAACAUUGAUCUCCAGGAACUCAACCUCCACGUCCAGACAAAAGUCGAGGCAAUAAGACACAACCAAGAUAAUGAAUACACCAUUGGCCUCAAUAGCUUUGGUUUCGCCGGAGCAGUUGCUCAUAUGAUCUUCCAAAAUGCGCCACAGUCAAAAAAAAUGUCCAAGAACGUGGAAUCUGCAGGCUGGAAGUUCGGUGAUGAAAGAGUUGGUAGACCAGUCAUCUUGCCACUUUCUGCAAAAUCAGGAGAAGCUCUCAAGGAUCUUGCUAAGAAGUGGGUGGAUUUUGAAUCUGACAACGAUGCCCUCAGCGUGACAUCAUGGCAGGCAACUCGCAGAGAACAUCAUACCUACCGGAUGGCUGUCAUUGCUGACUCCACUGCCUCUUGCAGACACAGCCUGAAGGGAUUUCUUGAAGAUGCUGGAUCAGAGUCUGUAGUAACAGGAACAGCUCCUCAAGAAAAACCACGAGUCUGCUUUGUUUUCCCCGGCCAAGGGCAGCAGUGGGAGGACAUGGGCCGCAAACUCUACAGAGCCGAGAGCGUCUUCCGGGACACUGUCAACACUUGUGACAAAAUCUUCAAGAAGAUGUCUGGGUGGUCUCUACUGGAAUGUUGUGGAUUGUUCAACAGCCAUUCUAUUAAUCUCGACACUUCACCAUACACGUCGGUAGAGAACGCCCUCAAUCAAGUCGAAGUCAUCCAACCUGCCAUCAUGUUCGUUCAGGUGGCACUCCUCCAUCUCUGGCGACAUUGGGGAGUGCGACCUGAUGUUGUGGUAGGGCACAGCCUCGGCGAGAUCUCCGCAGCUUACGCCAGUGGUGGACUGACCCUUGAGGAAGCUGUAGCCGUUAUCUAUCACAGAAGUCACGAGCAAGCCAAGCAAGAGGGCACUGGUAGAAUGGCAGCCCUACGGGCCACAAGGGAACAAGCAGAGAAGAUCUGUCAGGAACACCAAAAUCUCUACAUAGCAGCAGUCAAUGCACCUUGUGCAAUUACUCUCGCUGGCAACCGAGAUGUCAUAGCUAGUGUAGUUGAACAAAAUCCUGGAAAGGCUAAGCAGCUCCGAGUAACUUGCGCUUUUCAUACUCCAGAGAUGGAUCCAAUCAAAGAGCCAUUCACUAAGGCCAUGGAGGGUGUUGUUAAGAGUGAGCCUGGCAAGAGAGGUGUACCUUAUUACUCAACUGUGACAGGUGAAUACUAUGAUGGAAGUUUUGGCACUGAAUACUGGUGGAGCAACAUCCGAGGUACCGUACUCUUCCAGCCUGCUAUUGAAGCUGUUUUGCAGGAGACGAAAGCCGAUGUUUUCCUCGAGAUUGCUGCCUCAAACACACUGCUGUCUUCUGUGAAACAGAUCGCACGUGGUUUGGAUCCCAAGCACCCUCCUGUUACUAUCAACUCCAGCCUGCGGGGCAAAGACGAUCUGAAAAGUAUCCAGAGAGCAGUGGGAACCCUGUAUGCAAAUGGGACUGAAUUAGACUGGGCCGCAGUAACUCAUGAAUCGGCUGAGUGGACGCCGGUACCUACAUAUCCAUGGCAACACCAGUCUUUUUGGUUGGAGACAGAGGAGAGACAGAAGCGUCGCCUUGGUUUCGAUGAUCGUACUUUCAAAGGGCAAAACGGUAACCUAACACUGGAGAUGUUCCCCUUCUUGGCUGAUCACGUGAUAGGCAACCGCAUUGUCUUCCCUGGUGCCGGUUAUAUUGAGUACAUGGCACAGAUGGCUUUCGAUGAAAACGAAAAACCGGCUUUUAAGAACAUCAAUUUCACCCGUGUCCUGCCAUGGCCUGAAGACUCAGACUCCAAAAAGGGAAACCUUAAGCUACGGAUUGCAAAAGAUGGAACAAGGAUGCAAGUUACCUGUGAAAGCAAUCUGCACAGCAACGCUCUGAUAGACGUCUCCAGCAAAGCAGAUGAUGAAGAGUGUCUUCCUCUUGAGAAGAUAACAGAACGGUGCUCAACUGAGGUAACAAGUGAGGACUUUUACGCCAGGCUCCAAGACGUGGGUCUUUCCUAUGGGCCUGCCUUCCAGAUGGUGAAUAAGAUGUUUCUUGGUGAUGGUGAGGCACUUGCUGUACUGCAUGCUGUCCCUGACAAUAAGCAAAGAAUCCAAGUGGCUCAUCUGGACGCAACUUUCCAACUCGCUUUGUCUGCCGUGGGCCCCAACAGCACCAUGUACCUCCCUGUUCACAUCGACUCCCUUGAGAUGUCCAGAGUGGCGGUUCCAUCUGGAGACCCCAUUAUAGUCUACACCAGAAUCAUCGACUGUGACAGUAUGAUCCUCACAGCUGACAUUACCAUGGCUACUGACCAAGGUAAAAUCCUGGCAACUUUGAAGGGGUUCCAAGGACAAAACUUCAAUGGCAACCAAUCCGAUGUUCCCAUUGAGUCCUGUAUCUAUACUACCCACUGGCAAGCAGCCUCGACCAAUACACUGUCUACAACAGUUCUCCAAGAGGUUUUUGGACAAAGCAAUCUUUGUCGGGCUUAUGAAGGUGAGAUGGAUGCAAUUGGACGAGCAGAAGAAGUUCUUGAUGAUGUUGAGGGCGUGUGCGUGUCUUACAUUCGAAAUGCCCUUGAUACAGUACCACCUGAGGAAAGGGCACAGGGUAAGAGCUACACAAAGUAUAUUCAUCGGUUUCAGACCAUUGCAAAAAACACAGAGAGCAAAAUCAUCAAAUACGAAGAGAUCCCUGAAGUCAUGAAGAAGAUCCUCCACCAUGUACCCGAGUUAGAAUCAGAGAUAAAUCUAACAAAGACACUUGGUGAGGCUUUACCUGACACUCUUCGUGACCCGCAGGUUGCCGUUCCCCUCAUGUUUUGUCCUGAGGGGCUGGACCGUUACUUCUAUGACUCACUCAGCACAAGAAUCUACUAUAAAGCUGGGGCUAAAGCAGUUGUCAGGGCUGUUCGAGAAGCUGCCAAGCACAAAAAGGUGGUCCGUGUCCUGGAGCUUGGGGCUCGGAUUGGAGGUUUGACUCGUUUCAUCGUUGAUCCACUGAAGGAUUUGGGAACUGAAAAGAAAAUGGAGUAUGUCUUCACUGAUGUGAGCGCCACCUUCUUCCAGCAAGCCCAGGGGAACCUCCAGGAGUUCCCCUUCAUCCAGUACAAACAGCUAGACAUUGAGAAGGACAUCAGAGACCAAGCGUUUGUUCCUGGUAGCUUCGAUGUCGUAGUCUGUCUCGACACUCUGCACGCGGCUGUAGAUGUCCAGCGAAGUACGGCUUUCAUGAGUGACCUUGUCAGUGCAAAUGGGCUCAUGUUCAUCAUGGAGGGAACCAACACACACUACCUGACUGAACUGUGGUUUGGGGCUCUUGAUGUAUGUUGGGUAUUUGAUGAUUUUCGCAAGGAGCGCUGCUGGAUGUCUCGCCAAGCCUGGCUGGAAACCAUGAAGAAAGUUGGUUUCAGAGAAAUCUCAUCAGCAUCCUCACCAAACGAAUUCUUCCAUUCUGUAUUUGUGGGAAGAAAGCCUUCAGUCCCAGAACAAAAAAGCAGAGAAAUCAUCCAACAGGACAAGUUGUUUAUAGUUCGCGAUGGCAACAACAGGUUCUCCUCUGAAUUCCUUCCUCAUUACCAUGGCGAGGUUCAGAUCAGCAACUUCUCUGAGGCCAAGUCUCUUGAUCGUGUUUUCAGCGAGCACAAUGAUCCCCCAAUGGAGGUGAUGUAUAUCUACAGCAAUCAGGACUCUAAGCUUCAUGCUCUCUUGAAACUUUUUCAGGCAGUGGAAUCAUAUCCGGAUGUGGUCAAGCGCAUGUGGGUGGUGACCAAAGGAGGGAACAUGGACUUUUCCCUCCCAGAUGGUUCGCUGGCUAUCGGCUUGACUCGAUCUGUCAGCAAUCAGAUUCCGGGAGUAUCAAUUUUCUCUGUGGAUUUUGACCCUCAAAACUCUCUUGCAGAGAAUGUCCAGGAGAUGCUAAAGCUGAUGAAUGAAGCCAAUCUGGGUGAAAGAGAGCUCAGUAUCCGAAAGAAGGAAAGGUUUGUUCCCCGCAUUGUACAUGAAGAUUUGAACAAGGGCGACAUGAUCCAGUCCACAAAAUGGCGUGUAGAACAAGAUGUAAGAGGCCAAGUUGCUAAAGGGACUUCCAUCGAUGACCUUGCCUUCCAUGAUGUCCAUGAUUUUGAAGUUCCACCAAAACAUCUCAAGAUUAAAGUCAAGGCAGCCCCUCUCAACUUCAAAGAUAUCAUGAUGGCACUCGGUCUUCUGGAAGGAUUGGAAAGUGAGGCACGACCGUCCUUUGGCCUGGAAUGUGCAGGAGUUGUGGAAGGGGUUACAGCCGGGGCACAGGGUUUCAAAGUUGGUGAUGAGGUCAUUGCAUUUGGAAAGAGCUGUUUCGGUUCCCACGUCAUUUGUGAUGCAAGGUUGACUGCCUUGAAACCGGAAAAUCUAAGCUUCAUGGACAGCUCAAGUAUCGGUGUGGUUUUUGUGACGGCAUAUCUUUGCUUGAUCGAACGUGCCAACCUCAAGAAGGGUGAGACUGUCUUGAUUCACUCAGCAUGUGGGGGAGUAGGUCUAGCGGCAAUUCAGAUUGCUGAAAUGACAGGCGCCAAGAUCAUCUGCACAGCGGGUACAGAUGAGAAGAGGAGGUAUCUGCAGAAGGAGCUUGGUAUCGAGAUGGUUAGCGAUUCUCGAUCAUCCAGUUUUUAUGAUGAUGUUGUGAAGUGGACCAACGGAAAGGGGGUGGAUGUAAUAUUGAACUCCCUCUCUGGUAAGCUGCUUCAAAUGGGUACAUCCCUUCUGGCUCCUGGUGGAAGAUUUUGCGAGAUUGGUAAAAGGGACAUCCUGCAGAGUUCCAAUCUCCCCAUGGGCUUCUUUCUCGAGAACAAGGUCUUUCAUUCCUGCCAAGUGGAUAUCUUGAUGAAACACCAACCAGAUGUUGUUCAGAAUAUCAUGCAGAAGGUGGUUCACCUCUUUGAAGAAGACAAGCUCAAGCCCAUUCCAGUCACAGUCCAUCCCAUCAAGGAACUCAAGGAAGCAUUCCGGAUGAUGUCCAAGGGCUCUCAUAUCGGCAAGAUCGUGUUUGAAGUACCUGAAGAUUUCCAGCCAAAUGAACUGCAGCCCUCACUAAACCGAUUCAGGCCAAACGCUACCUAUAUAGUCACUGGUGGAUUCGGUGGCAUCGGGCAAGCUCUCUCCAGAUGGCUUUGUCAGAAUGGUGCCAAAAAUAUUGUUCUCAUUUCGCGAAGAGGGGCCAACAACUCAGCUGCUAUGAGGACCGUGAGCUAUCUUAAGCGCAACAAAGUGAACCUUCACGAGUUUUUACUGGACAUAUCUAGCAAAGAGAGUGUGAGAGCAAUGUUGGAAAAGCUGCGCGAUGACAAAAGCAUUCCCCCAAUUAAAGGUAUCUUCCAUCUAGCAGGUGUGAUUGAAGAGGAAGAUUUGUCCCAGAUAACUUUCGAUCAGAUGUCCCGCAUUCUGGGUGCCAAGGCAACAGGAGCCAAAAUCCUCCAUGAGCUGACUCAAGAGGACCAACUUGACAUCUUCUUCAUGCUGUCUUCGAUUUCCACUACCUGGGGACAUCAAGCACAGCCUGUCUACUGCGCUGCUAAUGCCUACCUUGACGCCUUGGCUGAAAAGAGACACAGCGGUGGACUGCCCGCUUUGUCGGUGCAGUUAGCUCCGAUAAAAGGAGCCGGAUAUUUGGAAGACAAGGCGGAGACAGUCAAAAUUAUAGCCAUGAAGGGAAACUACCAGCUGUAUGUUGAUGAGUUCCUUACAGUGCUGGGUCAGCUCUUGCCUCGGAGGGACCUGCCAUGCGUCUGUCUAGCGAAUAUGGACUGGGGAACGACACAGCAAUUCUGCUAUAAGAACAUGCUGAAAUUCCACCACCUAGCAGAACAUAACUCCAAGUCAUCCAGUGGGGAGGACAGUUGCCUGGACGCUGCAGACCUGGAAGCCAGCGUUAAAUCGAAGAUGGCUGAACUGCUGUGCAUGCCCGAGGAAUCCAUUGACGUCACUCAGCCCAUGGUUAACUAUGGCGUAGACUCUUUGGUUGCCUUGGAGAUGGUAAACUGGGCGACAAAUCACUUGGGGGUUACCAUCUCUCAGCUGGACAUCUUGGGUGGUAUUACUACUGCUGCUCUGUUGGACAAAGCUGUAGAAACCAAAUAAAUCUGAAAGUAAAAGAAAGAAAUUCAUUCUAUUCGGCAAGGAAAUCAAUGGUGUACACUGUUAAAGAAAAAUUAAGAUGGAAGUAAAGAGGCAUUAGUUUAGCUAACGAUGCAGUAUUCAAAGAAAAACUACUCAGAUGGGGUAAUGAUAAGGCAGAAUUAAACGAAAUUACUAAAAUUCCGAAUUGAAAUGAUAUUGUUAAAUAACUAUCGCAUGAAUGAUAACCAAAAUUCAAUGGCAAAACUUACAAAAAAUGCAGUUCUUUAUCAAAAUACAUGUACAUUUACGGUGUUUGCACAGCUUGAACAAGGCAGAGGUAACGUCGGCAUAAAAUCUAGAGUUGCUAUGAAUUACAAAAAGCUAAUACAUUAGUCUCGGCCUAUAAAUUCUUGAAAUAAAAAUCUCAAAGUUAAAUACUUUUUUCAUUGAGAGUACAUACAUCUUAAGGACAGCUAAAAUUAUUCAAUGCACUACCGUGACCCCUGUUGGCAGAUAUUUAAAAAUCAUCCCUUUGCAACAAUUCACUUACGUAUAGAAUAUAAAACUGUAAGUGAUCACAGAAUAAUGAAAAAAAAGAAGAAAACCUGUGUGACGACUUUCUUAUAAGCACGUGUAAUUUGGAGAGCUGUGAAAUAAUUGACUACAAUAACCCGGAACACUUGUUGAGAAUAGGCUUAAAAUAUUCUGUUGCAUAACGUAAGGCCUUUUCACGCUAGAAAAAUCUCGGGGUUGAUGCAUGGUUGACGCAGGGUUGAAAACUGGCGACGAUUCACACUUGAAAAUUUUCAACACCGCACGAACCCUGCGUCAAUCCCGAGGUUGAUUUCAACCCCGGUUGCUAUUGUUUAUGAGCAAUUUUGUGUAUACUCAGGAAAAGUGUGAAUCUUACAACAAUUACACUCAGAGAGUUUGUUUGUCGUUGCAAGAUUUAUUUUCAUAGGCAUAGAUUGAAUAUAAGAAAUUUUAAAUACAAGUGAUUGAUGACGGGUAAACAGGGCAAUAUUGCUACUUAUCAUGAGCAAUUUUUGUUUAUAGGUUACUCAAGAAAAGUGUGAAUCUUAUAACAAUUACACUCAUAGAGUUUGUUUGCCGUUGCAGGAUUUAUUUUCAUAGGCAUGGAUUGGAUAUAAGAAAUUUUAAAUACAAUUGAUUGAUGACGGGUAAACAGGGCAAUAUUGCUACUUAUCAUGAGCAAUUUUUGUUUAUAGGCUACUCAGGAAAAGUGUGAAUCUUACAACAAUUACACUCAUAGAGUUUGUUUGCCGUUGCAGGAUUUAUUUUCAUAGACAUAGAUUGGAUAUAAGAAAUUUUACAUACAAUCGAUUGGUGACGGGUAAACAGGGCAAUAUUGCUACUAAUCAUGAGCAAUUUUUGUUUAUAGGCUACUCAGGAAAAGUGUGAAUCUUACAACAAUUACACUCAGAGUUUGUUUGCCGUUGCAGGAUUUAUUUUCAUAGACAUAUAUUGGAUAUUUGAGUUUUGAUGUACAAUAGAUUGAUGACGGGUGAAUGGAGCAUUUUAGUUAUAGUUUCAAGCCAUUGCUAUUAAUCAUGAGCAUUUCUUAUAUAUGUGACCCACUUGUAAAAAUGAGUCUUAAGUCGCCAGAGUCACUUUGGAGUAAAAAGUCCUUUAGACUAAUU